AUGGCCGACGUGGACAACAAGAGCUCCAAUGCUCUGGCUCAGGAGACGGCGCAGCUGGAGGAGCAGCUCCAGGCCUGGGGGGAGGUGAUCCUGGUGGGGGACCGUGUUCUUCGUUGGGAGAAGCCCUGGUUCCCUGGAGCUCUGCUGGGGGCAUUGUCUUUGCUGUUUCUACUGAUCUACUACCUGGACCCCUCGGUGCUGACAGGACUGUCCUGCUUCGCCAUGCUGCUGUGUCUCGCAGACUACCUGGUCCCCACACUGGCCCCACGCGUCUUCGGAUCAAACAAGUGGACCACGGAGCAGCAGCAGCGCUUCCAUGAGAUCUGUGGGAACCUGGUGAAGCUGCAGCGGCGGGUGGUGGGCUGGGGCCGACGCCUGUGCACCAUGAAGGAGGAGAAGCCCAAAGUGUACUUUGGCUCUGUCAUGACCUCUCUUCUGGUCGUGGCCUGGAUCGGUCAGCAGGUCCACAACCUCCUCCUGACCUUCCUGAUCGUGAGCUUCCUGCUGCUGCUGCCGGGUCUGAACCAACACGGUGUCAUCUCAAAGUACAUGAGCAUGGCUAAGAGGGAGAUCAACAAACUGAUGAAACAGAAGGAGAAGAAGAACGAGUGA